AUGGAUCCUACAUCAAUCAACACCUACACUUAUGAGUUAAAAAAAGAGCAUGAGCAGAUUCUUGUCAGUAAAGGUUUAGACAUUGAGAAAAUAGUAGCUUUCAGAAGGAAUAUUCAUGAGUAUCCAGAAUUAGGGUUUGAAGAGUAUGAAACUCAAAGAAAGAUCAAGGAGCAUCUCAUAUCUUUUGGAAUUCAAGAAACUUAGAUCGUAGUUACUGCAAAAACAGGUCUAGUAGUUGAUAUAACUGGUACAGGUGCAGCAAAGGAUCUAGAAGAGAAUGAACUUGUUAAGGUUGCUUUUAGAGCAGAUAUGGAUGGGCUUUUCAUGCCAGAAAACAAUCCUGAUAUAGAAUACACAAGCAAGACAAAUGCUGCUCAUAUGUGUGGACACGAUGGUCACAUGGCAACACUAUUGUCAGCAGCAUAGGUAUUGCAAAAGAAUACUGAUAAAAUUCCAUCAAAUAAGACAGUUAGAUUACUAUUUCAACCUGCUGAAGAAGGUCUAGCUGGUGCAAGAUAAAUGAUUAAAGAUGGAUGCUUAGAUGGAGUCCAAGAAGUAUACGGAUAUCAUAAUGUACCUAAUUUCCAUGAGGCAGAUGUUAGGGUAUGCGAAGGAUCCGUAAUGUCAGCAAGCGAUAUGAUCUAUUUAACAAUCAAAGGCAAAGGAGGCCAUGGAUCUGCUCCCUACAUGAUUCAAGAUGUUAUUUCAGCAGCAGCUGCUGUUCAUAUAAACCUCUUAGCAAUCAGAUCUAGAAUGAUUGAAAGCAAAGAGCACUUCAUUUUUACUAUUACCAAAUUCACUUCUGGAUCUACAUAUAACGUGUUCCCAGAUGAAGCUGAGCUCACAGGUUCAUUGAGGACUUUUAAUGAAUAGGCAAGAUAGAAAAUUCACGAGAAAAUUAGACAUAUUGCUACAACCACUGCAAAAGGAUUUAAUUGUGAAUGCGACGUUUAUAUAAAACCAGGAUACCCAGCAGUUGUAAAUCAUAAAGAGUAAACAGACCAUGUGAGAAGAGUCGCUUCGAAAUAUUUAGGUGAUGAUAAAGUAUCAGAUAGAGAAGUACCACUUACUGCAAGCGAGGACUUCUCCUAUUACUUGUAAUAAGUCCCAGGGUGUUUCUUCAUGCUAGGGUCUGGAAAAGCAGGAGAAACUACAAGACUUUUGCAUAACUCAAACCAUGACUAUAAUGAUUCUAUAAUUGGCAGUGGAGCCUAUUUAUUUAUCAGAAUAGCCGAAGACAGACUUAAAUUUAAUAUUCUUGAUUGA